AUGUCCUUCAGCAACAUCAGCCCCAGCUUACCGCUGCGACAGAGAGUCCCAGAUGCACCAGCAAAGCCUUCUUCUCUCGUUGACGACCCGGUCUUCAACCUUUUGUACGCCGGCAAUGAGACGACACUAAGACAGUUCCUCGAGAACCCAACUCCACUCACGCGCGACGACAAUCUUGCCAAUGUCUACCGCUACGUCAAAGCCAAAGGAGAGCCCGGUCCACGAGUCCAGUACGAUCACCUGCCAUACUCUCUCAGCGCGAUGCGGAACUUCCUGCAAGGUUCUUCUCACGGCAAGCAGCUGCUCUCAUUCUUCAAAGGCGUGCUCCAAACUCAGGGCGGCUACAUCGUGACCGCAGCCGAAAUGGCUGCCUUCGAGAUCUUUGUCAAGAUGACCGAAGCUCUCUUCAUCCACCGCAACGACAACCGACUCCGCGAACACGUCAUCAGCGUCGUUCCAGAAGCCCAAUAUACCAUGCCAACCUACACCGGCCACGAGCGCCAAUUCUUCCACAUGUACAGCACCAACAUGCUCCAGCAACUCCGCGACGCCAACGCCACGGCGACCAGAAACCUCCUCGACCUCAAGAACUCGAAAGAAUUCGCCAGAAAGCACCGCCAGUUGCUCAAGGCCAACGAGCUUCACGAAUCUAAACUCUCAGAAAUCCGCCGGCGAGCCGCGAAGCGCAAGGCCGAACACAAGGCAAAACUCCAGCGUGCGCGAGCUCGCAAUGACGCCACGCUGAAUCGUCAGAUGGGCAUGGCUGGCUUGACUUCGCACACACCACAUGUCGAACGAUCCGUCGUCGAGUACGUCCAGGACACCACGGGCGAGUUCUUCCCGCGCUUUGACGACGGGGAAGCUAACGGUGAAGAACUCAUGCUUGAUUCUCUCGGCUUGUCCUUCUGA